UCCGCGUCUCUUUUCCUCCCAUGGGACCUAUUCUGUUAAUUCUCUAAAUUCGUUCUUCCUUUUGGAAAGUACGUUACUUUGUAAAUAUAUAAAGGAUAGCAUUGAAUUAGAAUAUUGAAAUAACAAGGACACUUAGGCAGCCUUCAAUACACGAUUGUGUAACAUGUGAACGCUUUAAUAUUUAUUUAUUGUUAGAAUCUUGCACCUAAACGAGUUGUGCAACGCGAUGAGGUUAGGUUAGAGUGUUGAUCGUGCAAAUGUAAAUAUUGAUUAAAUAUAAAUUAAAAGGAGAUUUGAAUUAUCGAGGAUGGCAGUGGUAAUAGAAACAACGAUUGGCGAUUUUACUGUCGAUCUCUACACGGCAGAACGACCCCAGACAUGUCGCAACUUCCUCAAAUUGUGCAAGAUAAAAUAUUACAAUUGGAACCUGUUUCAUACAGUGCAAAAUGGUUUCAUCGCACAGACUGGAGAUCCACUGGGAACAGGCAAAGGAGGAGAAAGCGUGUACAGUCUUGUCUUGGGCGACCAAGCUCGUUACUACGAAGCCGAAAGAAUGCCUAAGAUCAAGCACGACAGAGUCGGCUUGCUGUCGAUGGUUAAUUGCGGAGACAGCAUGCUUGGCUCUCAGUUUUUUAUUACCCUGGGUUCUGACCUACAAUCUUUGGAUGGCGAGCACUGCGUUUUUGGAGAGAUAGCCGAGGGACUGGAGAUCAUCUUAAAAUUCAAUGAAACCAUUUGCGAUGACGAUCAUCGGCCUUAUCAAGAUAUACGCAUAUCACAUACUGUCAUACUCGAAGAUCCAUAUGAUGAUCCUAAAGGGUUAGUGGUACCCGAUCGAAGCCCAGAACCAACAAAAGAAGCAUUAAUGAGUGAACGAAUAGGAGCUGAUGAGGCUAUCGAUGACACCGCAGGCAUGUCGAUCGAAGAGAUCACAGAAAUGCAGAAGGAAAAAGAGGCAAAGGCACGGGCUACGAUUCUAGAGAUCGUCGGGGACAUUCCCGACGCAGAAAUGGCUCCACCUGAGAACGUUUUAUUUGUCUGCAAGUUGAAUCCAGUGACAAACGAUGAUGAUCUAGAAAUCAUCUUUAGCAGAUUUGGAAAGAUCAUUGGGUGCGAAGUUAUACGCGACAGACAAUCCGGAGAUUCGCUCCAGUAUGCCUUCAUUGAAUUCGCUGAUCGAAAGAGCUGCGAAGAGGCCUAUUUCAAGAUGGACAACGUACUAAUCGACGAUAGACGAAUUCACGUGGACUUCUCGCAAUCGGUAGCAAAAAUGAGGUGGAGAGGUAAAGGUAAGGGUAUACAGUACUUUGAGAACAGGCAGGAAAACAAGGACUCGGAGGAGGAUCGUCAUGGCUGGAAACGACAAAACGAACGUUUUGAAAAAGGGGAGAACGCAGCUCGACAUCGGAAAAGGAGGUAUGAUAAGAAGGAAAACGAGGGUAAUUACAGAGAAGACGAAGGCAGGAAAAAUAAAGGCGAAAGAAGGGAGGGAAGGAAUCGAGAGGAUGACAGUGGGAUUGUCUGUAGAAACGAUGAGGAGAGAAAGCGAAAGUUCGCGGAUAGAAACGACAAGGAGAGAGACAGAGAAAGAAGGAUGUAUGAAAAUGGAGAAGGAAAGGAUGGAGAAAGUAGAAUUCAUCACAGAAAUGACGACAAGAAGAGACACGAGAGAAAGGGGAGAGAACGAGAUGAAAACGAGGAAAGGGUGUUGUAUAGAGAUGAUGCCGAUAGGAGGAGAACGACUGAUAAACGUGGAAGGGAACGAGAGGAAAGGGAUGAGAGGACAUCUUGUCGAGACGAUGACAGGAGAAGAAAAUAUGGGAGGAAGGAAAUGGACCGGGAGGAAAAUGGAGAGCGAAUUAAUAAUCGCAGUUACGAGGAUAGGAAAGGUAAGUACGAUAGAAGGGAAAAAGAACGCGAAGAAAACGAAGAAAGGACAUUUUGUCGAGACGAUGAAAAUAGGAAAAGGAAGUAUGGCAGGAGGGAACUCGAAGGGACGGAAAACAAAGAGAGGAUUCCGUAUCGAGAUGACGAUAGGAAACACAAACAUGAAUAUGACAGGAAGAAGGAAGAUUAUGAAGAGAGUCACAAAAAGAACAAAAAGCAGAAAGAGUUUGUUUCUUCUGACGAAGAGGAAAUCGAGACCGACAAGAGGGAGAGCGGCAGUCGCAAGAAGAAGAAGAAAGAAAAACGAUCAAAAAAUCAAGACAAACAUAAAGGUAAGAAGAAAAAGAAGAAGAAGGAAAGUAGCGACGAUACUUCCGAAAGUUCUGAAAGCUCGGAUGAUGACUUGGAAUCAGUGAGAGAUGAGAAGUCGAGGGAAAAACGUAGAAACAAUUCUAAUAAAAAUAUUAGAAGUAGUCAUAAAAGGAAAGAGGAGUCUUCCAACAAUGAAGAUACAGAGGACGAAAAGUUGAAGCAUAGCGGUCAAACUAAGAAGAGGAAGCACGAGGAAAAGGGUCAUAAGAAAAAGGAAAAACGGUUUAAGAAGCAUAAUAGUUAUAGAGAGGAAGAAAAAGAGGAAGACAGCUCGGAAAGCUCGGAAAGUUCCGAAAGCUCGGAUGAUGAAGAACCAAUAAAAGAUAGCAAAUUGAGAGAGAAAGAUCGACAUAAUUCUGACGAAACCGAUAAACAUAGUCGCAGCAAAUACAAACUUAGCAUGGAUCACAGAAAAUUUAAUUACAGGUCGGAAGAAUUACAUAAGAAGUCUAAACGCAAGAGUGGAGUUUGAUUUUGCUGAGUUUUUUUGGAAAUAAUUUUUUACAAAACAAUCUACUUAAAACAAUACAGGUAGAGUAUUAAAAAGAAGAACGGACUUGAUAAAUGGAAAUGGAAGUGUGAAUAAGUUCGAAAUUAAAUGUAACUCGGAUGUCGAUUGUACUACAAUCACUUUUUCAAACAUUUUUUAUAAUUAUACAAAGGUAGAUAAAUAAAAAUAUGCACACUGCUGGACUGAUAGAGGUUGUUCUGGCUUUUGUCUUUUUGCCCUUGUGCAAGCACGAGAUCAAGUGUCUUGAUAAGAUUCAACAGCAAACUUUAAUUUUUCUUUUUCUUUGAUGACCUAACAGUGACGAAAGUUGAUUGUAAUCUCGUGAGAAGGGCAAAGGAAAGAUCUGUUAACUUUAAAGCAAUGGACUUUGGAACAUAGCUUUGGUGGUUAAAUAUCGUUUGUGAACGGUGGGAGAUCAUUAGAAAAAUUGGUAAUGCAUUUCGUGCGUUCCCGUAAAGGCGAGACCACUCAUGCCUUCCUAACCUAGACAGAGAAAACAGUUUCUAUAGAAAAGUGCUGAAUCAUUGUGAGAUGUGAACAGUGGACCCAAAAUGUUGUAACUGUUGAAUAAACGUAUAAUUCUUUGCGGUGAGUAUCUGUCACAUUCAGCAUCAAAGAGAUCGAUUGCAAUUGUGCAGAGUCUCUUUAAUUAACAAAUUUUUCGUUUAAAACUGGAAAGUCUGUCACCAAAUAUAAUGUAUGGAAGAUUAUGUUUUUCACAAUGGCCAGGCUACAAACAAAUAUUUCAUCAUGCAAUGACAAGGCGAAUGUUUUGUCGUAAAGUAGAACUUGCUUCAAAAGAAGCUGCCGAGGUAGAGAUUCCUGUGCCAUGGGGUCGGAUUGCCGCCAAGUGGUGGGGCCCCAAGGAUAAGCAGCCUAUUCUAACAUUCCAUGGCUGGCAAGAUAAUGCAGGAUCCUUUGAUCACCUGGCACCGCUACUUAACAGUCCUAUCCUGGCCAUCGAUCUUCCCGGUCAUGGG